AGUGAAUCUUCAGAAAAUCACUUGAACAGAGACACCGUCCGUGUGGCGGUUCUCGUUUUGUCUCGCGAGCUCUGCCGCAAACGAACGAUUGCGACGUCAAACGCGAGCGAGGCUGAAUGGGUUGGAAUGGGAUUUUGCACGCGGCGGGUGGAGACGGUUUGUAACAUUGUGAAUUUAUAAAUACGGUACGGGGAGAACCCGCCGAGAACAGUACGAAACGGGAGACUGCCUGAAGAAGGCGCGCAUGCGGAUCGGUCAAAGCUCUUCAGCUUGAGAUAGGCAAUUGGAAAAUUUGAAGGCGUUCGUGAACGAAGCAGUAAGUCUUGAUCGUCGUCGGUGGUGAAGUUGUUGUGCAAUACGCGUAGCAUAUAGCCUAGCCUUAAUCGGUGUCUCCAUCCCUCGCUAGAAACCAACGAAUGUACGUUGCGAGUGCAGUGCUCCAGCGUGAUUGCGUUGCGCCAAACCGUCGUCGGUGUGUUGAUGCUGUUUGUGUUUACCUACUCUCUUUCGUCACCGAGGCCAGGUGUAAUACUUGCUACGAAAGGGAAAAGCUAACCAAAAAAUAACCAGUUUUCUGUUGCUCGGUUUCUUCGCAAUGCUCAGCAGAAAAGUGCACCGUAGAUGAAGAAACAUCACCCAUCAAGCAAGCUGGUAGGCAGUCGAGUCGCCGAAGAGAAGCUGAGCGGAAAUUCAAAGUGUAGUGAGAGUGCUAAGUGAGACUGAGCGAAAGUGAGAAAAGUGACACUUAUGUUUCGAUGAAAGUGAAAUGGUGUGCAAUAGAUUCUCCCGCUCUCUGAGGAGCACGUGAGUGUUGUACGUAUGCUAUAUACGUACAGUUUUCUGCAUGAAACACGCUGCGGAGAUCGCCUUCGAUCAGCUCAGGUCACCGUGGAAUCUUACGUCGUGUGCGUCAGUCAGUGCCCUGGAACUUCGGGGCAGUUAGAGUAGUUUUCAAUCUCUUCCGUAAAUCGGAAAUCGCUCCCGGACAUUGGAACCAAACGGGCAACCAAAUACGACGUCACCAAAUGCAGCGGCAAAUUAAGCAUCCCACUAGCAGUAGCAAACUAUGUGAUAAUUACCGUCGUUGGCAUCACCACGUUCUUCCCUGUGACUGUGAUACGGCGUUAGCCGCGAGUUAAGAUACUUUUUUUGUUUGUGACUGAAUACUAGUGUUUUGUGUAGUAAUCAUACAACAACAACAACAACAACGAGACGUAUGUAGUUGCUGCUGUUUGCACCAUUAUAAAGAAAUCGUGUUUUUCGGUAGUUGGAGCGGUUGUUGUUUAAGGUGUAAUCGCGUAGAGCAAGUUAGCUAAGGUGCGAAAACAACGGCGGCGUCAUGAAAGUGGGCAAACAUGUCGACUGGCUGCAAAUACGAGCCCUGCUCCGGAAGGACUACCUCAUCCGGAUACGACAGCCAUGGAUGACCAUCAUCCAGUACCUGUGGCCGUGCCUGAUCUUCCUGUCACUCUACAUCCUCCGGAACCGUUUCCAAGCGGUCGAAAUCGCCGACUGCCAGUUUCCAACCCGGCAGCUCCAGAAUAAUGGCAUCCUUCCGUUCUUCCAAUCGUACGUGUGCACCAUCGAAAACGACUGUAGCGAUCCGCGGAGAUUCGAAGAAACCUCCGACUUUGACAGGGCCCCGGUGACGCCGGUACUGAAAAUUGUCCAGAUAUUCCUCGACACACCGCAGCUGUACGAUGCGGUGAUUACACUGCCGAAGGAUCGCAACUUUAUCGGCGCCGUUAUGUCCAUCGUGACCAACGGGCGCUUCAAGGAGAUCGAGAGCAACGCGGACCGACUGGUUCGAAUGCUGCCGGAGCUCCAGCAGAUGGUGGGCGGUAGCUUUGACAUUGAGAAGGUAUUUGCCGACGACCGGAUGUUCUCCAACUCGGGCAAGAUCCUGUGCGGGAAGCCGUUUCCCAGGAGCGAUAAUAUACGGUUUGUGGACAAUGUGCUGUAUUCGAAAGAUUUUAACGGAGCCGAUCCGGAUGAGCUGGCCGUGAUGCCAACGAAGUACUGCAAACAACUCUAUCGGGAUGUUACCAAUACGAACAAUGGAAAGAUCACGUGGAAGCAGUUGAAGCCGAUCCUGCAAGGGAAGAUCCUGUACGGGCCUUCUAGUGAGAGGAACGAUGAGAUUAUCAAUUUUGCCAAUCAAACCUUUGCAGACAUGGGUCGACUGCGGGAUUUCUUUAAGGCACUAAACACUACGGUGCAACUGCUGCACACAGAUGAAGCGUUUCGUGGAAGUUUCGAAAACUUGAUUGAGCUGGCCAAGUCUCCGAUAGUGCAGAUGAUCGCCGGUGGAAACGUGAAUAUCGAUCUGAUCGAAUCAAUGCUCAACGGAAUCCUGACCGAUAAAACCGUCGCGGUAACGCUGGAGACAAUUGCCAGCAUAUUUGAGUGUUUCUCAACGGAUCGCUUCAUCAAGGUCGAGUCGGAGAAAAUGCUGGAGGAUGAGGCUUUCAAGUUGAACCAGAAAAAGCUGUUCUUUGCGGGACUGUUCUUUGAAAAUGGGACUACGGAGAAUGAGAUUCCUUACAAGAUCCGGAUGCGAAUCGACGAUACUCCGGUGACAGUGGAGAACAAGAAUCGGUUCUGGUUCCCGGAUCCGGAAGCCAGUUUUGAGCUGGAUAUGCGAUACCAUCGAGGGUUCAUACAGAUCCAACACGCUGUAGACAUGGGAAUCAUUAAGGCUAUGAAGAAGGAAAAGUUCGGUAGCGGAAAGAGGGCCAGUGAAAUGGUGUCCAGCGAUUUGGGACUGUCUUUGGGUGAAGACAUGGAUGAGGAGGAGGAAGAAGAUACAGAAAAGGAAGAGUCUACUACGGAGGCUGUAGGUGGUAGUACGACUACCGAGGACCUAGAUUCACUGUAUGCAAAUCUCAGUGAAAAGGUCAACAUUUCACAGUCUGAUUUAGCGAAGUUCAGCAACAAGUCAUCAAUCGAUGACUAUUGGGACUUCAGCGAUGAGGACGAAGUGGACGAAGAGGAACCUCUGGUCUCAAAUUCUUCAGCGGUUCGUAGUCGACGUCGACGCGCACCUCAGUUCAAUCUGUUCAGUUUGUUCCUAGGAGGAGGAGGAUCAUCUGAAAAGAAAGACGAAAUCACCUACAAUGUCGCCGGGGAGAAGUUCUACACCAAACAGUUCCCGUAUCCCAAAUUCACCAAAGAUCAUUUCAAAAAGGGUCUUUACCUGGCUCAGUCCAUCCAGAUGUGCUUCUUCAUUGCUCUGAUCGUGCACGUGUCUUCGUCAGUCCGACAGAAGAUUUGGAUGAAGGAAAGUGGCAACACGAUGUUGAUGCGUGCCAUGGGGCUCAAAUCCUACUCGGAAUCCAUUUCCUGGGCCAUUACUACGUUGAUUGAGCUGUGUAUCGUCUUUGUGCUAGCACUGAGUAUCCUCUACAGUGGAGGAAUCCUACAACAUUCCAGCAAGAUCUUCCUGUUCACGUAUCUACUGGUGUUUGGCGUUUGCUUGAUUGCCUUCUGCUACAUGUGUUCGAUGUUCUUCGGCUCCGCGAGCAUUGGAUCCGUAUCGGCGGUCAUUCUAUUCCUAACGACAUUCCUACCUUAUAUCAUAAUCAUCUCACUCGGAGCUGUGGUUAGCUUUGCGGGGAAAUUUGUAGCGAGCUUAUCGUUUUCAACGGCCUUUUGCUACGCUUGGCGGUACAUUUUACGGCUAGAGCUGCAGCAACGUAGCGCGGAUUUCAUGGCCCUCAAGGGUUCAUAUCAAGAGAAUGACCUGGCCUUCGGUAUAGUGAUGAUGUUACUCGAUGCUGUACUCUACUAUCUGAUAGGUUUGAUCUACGAAAGGCUAACUCAUGAGGACACAACGUUCUACCAGGUCAACCGAUCCAAGCUGGACAAAAGCAUCGGUGCUGAACUACGUAAUGUGGACGUCAUCUACGAAAAUGACAAAAAGGUGCUGGACAACGUAUCCAUAACAUUUAAACGGGAUGAAGUGACCUGUCUACUUGGACGCAACGGAGCCGGAAAGAGUACGAUUAUCAAACUCCUAACCGGCCAAGUCCUUCCAGUGGUGGGGGAUGUCACCCUACCGUUAGACUACGACUUGAUCUCGGGCCUGAAAAAUAACGCCGAGAAGAUCGGUCUGUGCUCGCAGAACGACAUUCUCAUUCCAAACCUAACCGCCAAGGAACACCUGCAGCUAUACGCCCGAAUCAAGCUAACUAAAGGCUUCGAAACGGAGGUUCAACGAACGCUAGAUAAUCUCAAAAUGGGCAAGUACAAACACUACCGAGCGUCGGAGCUCUCGGGAGGCUUCAAACGAAGGCUAUGCAUAGCGAUCGCUUUCCUGGGAUCACCCAAUUUGGUCAUUCUUGAUGAACCGUGCAGCAGUGUUGACACCAAAGCCCGAAAGUACAUCUGGGAGCUCAUUCAGACACUUCGGAAGGAUCGAGCGGUGAUUCUGGCAACGCAUCACCUAGAUGAAGCGGAGUCAUUGAGCGAUAAGGUCGUCGUGCUGGAAAAUGGAAAAGCCAUCCUGGAGCAAAGCCACGAAGAGUUGAAAAAUCGCUUCACGAACACCUUGUACAUAGAUCUGGUACUGAAGACGAUGACGGAGACCGAUCGAGCCAACUUGAUAUCGGACCUGAACAAAACCCUGGAUCAGCAAACAAACAUGCAAUACGAGCUGGUGAAGCUUCCUAGAAACAAGCUGCAGUACAAGCUCACCUACACUGCUGCUGAUCCGUCGGAAAUUGACCUGCAGUCCCUCUUCGAUCAACUCAACCAGUGCCAAGACAAGAAACUAAUCCUUUCCUACGACAUCAAACACGAAAACCUGAUGAACAUCUUCAACGCCGUCAACUCUCACGAGACCAAUCCUACCGAAAUUCGGGAACCGGAAAUUGUCUCAGCCAACGGCUUCCACGGUUCAAAACCAACCGAACGCAAGCUUGGCACAUUACAGAUCAUCUUCAGCCUGCUUCACAAGCGUUUCCUUCACUUCCGGCGCAACUACCGACUCCUGAUCUGUCUGCUCGUCCUUCCGACCUUGUUCGAAAUCAUCGCCAUGUACUUCAUGACCAUCCGACCUCCGGGUGAACACGAUCAAGCGAUUGAACUGUCCACUGAUCUGUACCGGAACUCUGCCGAAUUCUACACUCGGACAGGUAAUGGAACUAGUUUCCAACUGGACAUCAAUUCAAACAUGCUGGCUCACUGCCCCGAAGCAGACUGCUACCUGUUCAACAAUUCCGAAGAUGCCUUCCGAUGGAUGCUGCAAACGACCUUUGAGUUUGCGGAUCACCGCUUUGGAGGCUUAACCGGUCGCAAGGAGAAACACUUCGUUUGGUACAACAACAAGGGCUACCACUCGAUGCCGGUGUGGCUGAAUUUGCUGGAUUCAGCAAUCCUUAAGGCGGAGCUGGAGAACAGUAGCUACAGUAUUCGUACCAUCAAUCAUCCACUGAAGAUUGAGGAGGACGAGUUGACCGUUUCUUCGAUUCUUCAACAGGUUGCCGAUGCCGGUAUCUCGUUGAUUUUGCUGUUGUCGUUCAGUUUAGUCUUGGCGGGAGCUUCCGUUUACAUAGUUAACGAACGAGUACGUGGAGAAAAGGUGCAGCAACGUCUAGCUGGGGUGAAGUUUGCCCACUACUGGGGAGUUACCUACGUUUGGGAUGCUAUGAUCUUCCUCAUCGCCGUAGCGCUGGCUGUGAUCGUCUUCCAAGUGUUUGCCAUUCCGGCGUACACAGAAAAAGAUCAACUCGGUGGCAUCUGUCUACUGCUGGUGUUCUACGGAUUUGCUUCCAUCCCCGCGGUGCACCUGUUCGAGAAGCUGUUCAACGACGCCAGUUUUGCCAAUAUGUCGCUCUUCUGCCUCAACGUGAUCACCGCUCUGGGAACUCUGACGACCAUCAUUUUGUUCGACAUCCUCGGUGAAUCGGAAACCUCGGAACAUUUCCGCAACUUCCUAAAUCGUGCAUUCCUGAUCCUACCACAACAUGCUCUUGCAGAUGGUCUGAUCGAACUGUCCAAGAACUACAUUCAAGCGGAGAUCUUCAAGCGGUACUACAUCAAUUCCUACAAACCACUAAUGACUAUUCUGGAACCGCAUCUGAUCGCACUAGCCGUCAUGGGCAUAAUCUUCAUCUGCCUGAACAUCAUCGUUGAACGGAAGAUUAUCCAGCGGUUCUUCCAGGAGGCGGAAUCCUCUCUCACACCCGUCUACGAGCUGAAAACCGUGCGGUCCGACGAAGCCGUCAUGAACGGCAACGGAAAGAAGAAGUCACUGACUGCAGAUCAGAUUCUCUCGGUGGAUCACCUCUCCAAAGAGUACCGAUCGGGUGAAGCCGUCGUCAACGAUGUUUCGUUCAAGAUUCACUACGGCGAAUGCUUCGGGCUGCUGGGCACGAACGGAGCCGGAAAGUCAACCAUAUUUUCGAUUCUGGCCGGGGAACAACUGCAGAGUAGUGGUGGUUUCUGUUUCUUCUCUUCGAAUUGUUUGUCGUAUUGCCCUCAGAGCAGUUUCCUAGAUCCACUGCUCACCGUAGAAGAAGUAAUCGAAUUCUAUGGUCAGCUGCGGAACGUCGAGAACAUCGAUAAGUUGGUGAUAGAAACCCUUCGAGAGUACCACCUAGAGCCGUACAAACGAAUUCUGGUCAAGAAUCUCAGCGGUGGUAACCGACGGAAGCUCUGCGUAGCAGUUGCCUGCUUCGGAAACACCGAUAUCAUCCUAAUGGAUGAACCUACCAGCGAUAUGGAUCCGGUUACCCGAGCCAUCGUCUACCGAACGAUCGAACGGUUAAACAGCCAAAACCGAUCAGUUCUGCUCACAUCUCACAGUAUAUCUGAGAUAGAUAAAAUUUGCCAACGGAUUGCGAUCCUCAAGGACGGUUACCUGCUCACGGUAGAUUCACCGGAGAGCCUUACCGAGCGGUACGGUAACAAUUACCUGGUAACCAUAUACCUCGAGGAGAAUAGAGAAGUGGAUCUCAUUAGGACCAUCAAGCGGGAGUUCAACGUCUCCGAGGACCUGGUCCAAAACAAAAACUCGUUGCAGUUCGUGUGCAAGGUACAGCCGGACCGGCCGCAUACCGGCAUCGAGAAACUCCACAAAAAUAGUCAGGUUACGAUCAACCUGAACAACAACACCGUCGAUUCCAGUCCAGCGUUGACGGGGAGCGUCAGUGCACUAGUAGUUAAGCUUCACCACUUUGCCGAGAACAAUCGAUUACGGUACACGGUGGCACGGUGUCUGCUGGAUCAGGUAUUCGAGAACAUCCUGCAGAACCACGAAGAGGAACACUCCAACGCUGCGUUCGUGGAAAACUGAAAUGGAAACCGUCCCUUCCCUUUCCUUUCCCAUCUCCACUAGAGGGCAAGUUACUUACCUACUAAGCUGGUUAUUAGUACAUAACUGAUAUGGAUAAUAUUUUAA